AUGGCAGUAAUGGAGGACCUUCUCCUGCAGCCUCCUGGUACAACCACAUUACUGGGCACUGUCAGUGUCCUGCUGGUCUUUUUUGUGUUCUUUUCAAACUUUGACUGUGAAAAAAAGGAACCACCAGGACCCAGACCACUACCUUUAAUUGGAAAUUUGUUGCAGCUGGGUAAGUCGCCCCACAUCACGCUGAAUAAGCUCUCUAAAAAAUAUGGACCAGUGUUCACAUUUAAUUUCGGGCCCCAGAAAAUGGUGGUGCUCGCAGGACACAGAACAAUCAGAGAGGCUCUAGUGAGCAGUGAUGCAUUUGCAGAGAGAGAAGCUGUCCCCAUAAUCCAUGACCUCAAAUUAACAGAUGGCAUUGUUUUUGCUAAUGGAGACUCGUGGAAAGAAAUGAGGCAUUUUGCGCUGACUAACAUGAGAGACUUUGGAAUGGGCAGAAAAGCAUGUGAAGAGAAAAUCAUAGAGGAGAGUCAAUACCUGAUUGACUUAUUCAAAGACAAAAAUGGUAAAGCCUUUGACCCAGCCCAGUCAGUAAACCGAGCUGUUUCCAAUAUCAUCUCUUCUAUUGUCUAUGGAAACAGAUUUGAAUAUGAUGACCCAGUGUUCAUAUCAAUGGUGGAUAGAGCUGUAAAGAACACUCAGCUCAUGGGCUCUGCUUCAUUACAGUUAUAUAACUUCUUUCCAAGGCUGUUCAAAUGGGUUGGGGUCCGAAAGCAACUGAUGAAGGGUUCGAUGAUUAAUAGAGAACACAUGAAAGAGCUGAUAAAGGGUUUACAGGACACCCUGAAUCCACAGAUGUGCAGAGGAGUGGUGGAUUCCUUCCUGGUCCGCAAGAAUCAGCUUGAGGCAUCUGGGAAUAUGAAUUCCCAUUACCAUGAAGACAACUUACUGGUGACUGUUGUCAACCUGUUUACAGCUGGAACAGACACUACCGCUUCCACUAUUAGAUAUGGCCUUUUGUUAAUGGCCAAGUACCCUGAAAUACAAGACCAGAUUCAGGAGGAGAUCAGCAGAGUCAUUGGAAGCCGCCUGCUUCAGUCACAGGACAGGAAGAACCUCCCAUACACUGAUGCUGUCAUCCAUGAAAUACAGAGGAUAUCCAACACUGUCCCACAAACCAUUCACCGAACCUCUAAGGACGUCACCUUCCAAGGAUACUUCAUCAAAAAGGGAACUCCGGUGCUUGUUCUGCUGUCAUCUGCUCUUCAGGAUGAAGAUGAAUGGGAAGCACCUUACACUUUCAACCCAUCUCAUUUCCUUGAUAAGGAUGGGAAUUUCAGAAAAAGAGAAGCUUUUCUUCCAUUUUCUGCAGGUCCAAGGGUUUGUACAGGGGAAAGUCUGGCCAGAAUGGAGGUGUUUCUCUUCUUCACUUCCCUCCUCCAACACUUCCGUUUCACCCCUCCACCUGGAGUUAAAGAGGAGGAGCUGGAUCUGACACAGGUUGAGGGUUUCACCCUCACUCCUUUACCUCAUCAACUUUGUGCCAUCAGCAGGAUCUGAAGAAUACUAUGUACAAACAUUUCAAGCAUCAUAAGAGAACUCUCUCAAUAGUUAUUCAUUAACAACUAAUGAUUAUUAAACAAAAUUCUUAAUUUCACUUGAUGAAUUUAAUCCCAGUAGUUCUUUUUGUAGCUUUAACAUAGCUCUCUUUUUUAAAAUUGACAGUGCAAGCCAUGAGAAUUAACUGUUAAUCUAUGUGUAGAUGUCAUGGUUCUAAUUGUGCAAACAAAUCGCAACAGCUUUAAAAUGUGAUUCAUUAAACUAGAGCAUGAAUCUGCAAGAAUAAAUUUGUGUUUAUGAA